AUGCCUGCCUCCUGCCAGCACAGUCUGACUCCUGCCUGCCUCCUGCCAGCACAGUCUGCCUCCUGCCUGCCUCCUGCCAGCCCAACCUGCCUCCUGCCUGCCUUCUGUCUCCCUCCUGCUAGCCAAACCUGUCUCCUGCCAGCUCAGCCUGUCUCCUGCCAGCUCAGCCUGUCCCCUGCCUGCCUUCUGCCUGCCUCCUGCCAGCCCAGCCUGCCUCCUGCCAGCUCAGCCUGCCUCCUGCCAGCCCAGCCUGCCUCCUGCCAGACCAGUCUGCCUCCUACCUGCCUCCUGCCAGCCCAGUCUGCCUCCUGCCUGCCUCCUGCCAGCCUCCUGCCAGCCCAGCCUGCCUCCUGCCUGCCUCCUGCCAGCCCAGCCUGCCUCCUGCCUGCCUCCUGCCAGCCCAGCCUGCCUCCUGCCAGCCCAGUCUGCCUCCUGCCUGCCUCCUGCCAGCCCAGCCUGCCUCCUGCCUGCCUCCUGCCAGCCCAGCCUGCCUCCUGCCAGCCCAGUCUGCCUCCUGCCUGCCUCCUGCCAGCCCAGCCUGCCUCCUGCCAGCCCAGCCUGCCUCCUGCCUGCCUCCUGCCAGCCCAGUCUGCCUCCUGCCUGUCUCCCAUCAUGCUGCAAGGCUGA